UCUAAUAUCUUGCCAUGUGGAAUAAUAACGUAUCACGACCGUCGAUCUUGCACAAAGAAUCAACGCUUGAGAUAGAAUAAUUGCUAUAAAAAGGGGAGUUGUUACAACGCUUUGGUUUGUCAUUUCCGUUAUAUUCGAAGAAUACUUUGUUUCCUAAGUAGUAGUCUCGAAAAUGGUGAAAACAACGGCGGAAGCCACCAUCAAAUCAUCAACCACUGAUUCAGAUCCUAAACAAACAGAGGCGAUCGAAGAAAAUAUAGAGAAGAAGCUCAAGUAUCUAGAUUUCGUUAAAGUGGCGUCAAUUUAUGCAGUUGUCUGUGUAUCAAGCAUCUACGAGUACGCUAGAGAAAACUCCGGGCCACUUAAACCGGGCGUACAAACCGUCGAAAAAACUGUCAAGGCUGUCAUCGGCCCCGUUUACGACAAAUUCCAUGAUGUACCAUUCAAGCUUCUCAAGUUUGUCGAUAGCAAGGUGGGCAAGUUGGAACGUCACGUGCCGUCUAUCGUAAAACAGGCUUCAUGCCAAGCUCGAACAAUGGCUUCGGAGGUCCAACGAGUCGGUGUUCUAGACGCGGCUAAGACGAUAACGAGGGACGUUUACAUUACGUGUGAACCGAGGGCUAAGGAGAUGUACGACAAGUACAAACUGGUGGCUGAACGGUACUCCGUUUCAGCUUGGCGGUCGUUUAACCGUCUCCCGCUUUUCCCUCAAGUGGCUCAUAGAGUGGUCAUCCCCACGGCUGCUUACUGGUCGGGGAAGUACAAUCAGGCGGUCCGUCUAUCUGGAGAGAGAGGGUACGCGGUAGCGUCGUAUCUGCCGUUGAUUCCGACUGAUAGAAUCGCAAAAGUUUUCGGAGAGGGACACGUGGUUUCCACUUCGAGUAAUGGGGAAAUCGGUUCGCGGGCAAUGAAAUAGGGUUUUGGGGGAUUAGGUGGUCAGCUCCUUACCUGAAAACUGGAGUCGUGGACUCCAUUGUUGGCCUUAUUUGUGUUUAGCUUUAGGGUUCGUUCUCAUGGCACCGUCAGUGUGGUCGGCAGAAGAGAACUUUAAUGAAAUUUAAGGGCAAGCAA